ACCCUAAGAAUCGCUGCACCUCCUUCACCUUGGUGGGAUACGGCCAAUUAAGCACGGCUGCAAUGCGGUCACUCCCCAUCUCCACUUCUAACGUGGAAAUGCGAUGCCCUAGGAAGGAGACUGUUGAAAUAACAAUUAUUUUGAAGCCUUGACAUACAGGUCAUGCUUCAACAGGCGACCAAGCACUCUGCGCACCAGGGACACAUGCUCGGCGCGUGGAGCGGAGUACGGUAAAUGCAUCAGUAUAUAGUUGCCUCGCCGCGCAAAAUGUGAUGCAGCAGUGAUGCCAUGACGCUGUCGAUUCGAAGCGAAUAAGCGUUUUCCUACCAGAGCGUUUUCCGGCAGCACAAACGGUGACGGCUGCUUCAGUAGAAGAACUUACAUUCAACAAAGUGACCCUAGCAAUGAGAAGAGCAAAGCAUGUUACUGAAGCUGAGCUGUGUGAUUCUACUCAUCAUCCAGAGGGAUACAGAAAGUACACAUGUGAUUGGAGGAUGGAGGACUGUGGUACUGGGGCAGGAUGUGGACUUAUUCUGCAGACUGAUAGAGACAGACGGGGAGCUUGAACAGAUCACAUGGCAGAAAAGUACUUUGGAAGAGACACAGAACCAUAAUUUUAUGCUGAUUAAUCCCAAUGGGGUUACUAAAUUCAUUGCACCGAAUGGAUUGACAGGUAGAGUCCAGUUUAUUGGGAACCCAUCAGAAAACCUUGGAUCUAUUAGAAUAACAGCUGUCAGACUGCUUGAUGAAGGCACCUUCACAUGUAUCUUUAGUGUUUUCCCCAGUGGAGCAUACACUACAGAGAUACGUCUGACUGUGCUAGUUCCUCCAGUAGUGAGUGUGACAGUUGAUGUUGAUCCUGUCAUUGGGGAGAAUGAGGUUGUCUUGUCAACCUGCGUGGCUGCUGGUGCCAAGCCACAGGCAGAAGUGACAUGGAAGACAGGUGAAUUCGGCAGUCUGUUGAAGACAGUGACUAACUCCACCCAGCAUACCAAUGGCACCACCACAGUACUCAGCCACCUGCUCGGGGUACCAACCAAGGCAGCCAAUCAGCAGCAGGUCCAGUGUGUGGUCAACCAGUCUGCCCUGGUAACAGAGAAGACCUACAACUACAGCAUAAACAUCCACUAUCCACCUCAGUCAGUGAACAUUACCCUUAGUGAGGCCUCUAAAGCCACAGUCUUCCUUUGUGUAGCAGACAGCAACCCACACCCCAACUACACCUGGAGCAGAGUGGUCCAGCCAUGGCCUGGGUCUUCAGUGAGAGCUGAGGGAGACAAACUGCACCUCCUCAGUCUCAGCUCUGAGCUGAAUGGUCUCUAUGUCUGUCAGGCCUCCAACCCCUACGGACGAGCCGCUGGCUCCCUCUAUGUACACACAUCCUCUGAGUCCUCUGCUGCCUGUUGGGUUCUACUCGUUGUCAUUCUCUGUCUGAUUGUUGCUGCGGCUGCACUCAUAUGGUACCGGUGCAAAUACGGACAGUUUCCUUGGAGUUCAUUCGUGGCCAAGGCACCAGAACAGACUGUAUCGGUAUCUUCCAAGACGAGGAGACAUGACAAGGUUGAGGAAGGUGAAGAUGACUCAUUGACUGCAACUGUCCUAAUCAGGGAGGAGCCUGAGGAAGAGGAAGAAGUAUCAUGAUGUAUGGAACAAUAUACCUUAUUUGUUUUUUGGAAACAUUUUAUUUUUAAUUUGUAUUAUUCCAAAUGUUUUUCAUGUUUGAUAGAUUGUCUGUUCAAUAAGUAUAUUUAUUGUGUUAGCUCGAAGAAAUCGCGGACAGGUUUUAAGUGAAUGCCAGAAAAAUCUCAUUCUCCAAUGUUCUAACCAUCUGCAAAGAAUAGGCACAUUAUCCCGAGUGGCGCAGUGGUCUAAGGCACUAGAGAUCCUGGUUCGAGUACAGGCUCUGUCGCGACCGGGAGACCCAUGGGGUGGCGCACAAUUGGCCGGGUUAGGGGAGGGUUUGGCUGGCAGGCUAUGUCCUUCUCCCAUCGCGCUAGAUUGACUCCUGUGGCGGGAUGGGAGCAUGCACGCAGACACGGUCGCCAGGUGUACAGUGUUUCCUCUGACACAUUGGUGUGGCUGGCUUCCGGGUAAAGCAGGCAUUGUGUCAAGAAGCAGUGUGGCUUGGUUUUGUUGUGUUUCAGAGGAUGCAUGGCUCUUGGCCUUUGCCUCUCCCGGGUCCGUACAGGUGUUGCAGCGAUGAGAUAAGACUGUAACUACCAAUUGGAUACCACGGAAUUGUGGAGAAAAAGGGGUCAAAAGUUUUUUUUAAUUAUACAAAAAUAAAGCACAUUCUCACAAUAAGCACAUUCUCCAACCAUUUAAUGAACAAUAUCUUAUAGAACAUUGGAAACCUCGACUCCAUCACCUCUUCACCCAGUGCUGGUCCUCGUUUCAGAUUUUUGUUCCCCUCUCGUGGACUCCGCCUUGCCGUGGUUGAGUGGCUUUGCUGCUUCAGCAGGAACAACAACUCUCCUGUACAGUAUGUAUGCUUUCAGAAAGUAUUCAUACCCCUUGACUUAUUCCAUAUUUUGAUGUGUUGCAGCCUGAAUUUCAAAUGGAUAAAAAAUAUUUUUCCACACUCAUCUACACAUAAUAACCCAUAAUGACAAAGUGAAAACAUAUUUUUUUAAAUGUUUGUACAUUUAUUGAAAAUGAAAUACCUAAAUAUCUAAUUUACAUAAGUAAUCACACACAAGUCAAUACAUGCUAGAAUCACCUUUAGCAGUAAGUCUUUCUGGGCAAGUCUCUAAAAGCUUUGCACACCUGGAUUGUACAAUAUUUGGACAUUAUUACAAUUUUUUUUAGCUCUGUCAAGUUGGUUGUUGAUCAUUGCUAGAAAGCCAUUUUCAAGUCUUACCAUAGAUUUUCAAGCCAAUUUAAGUAAAACGUAGGCCACUCCCGAACAUGUAGUGUCGUCUUGGUACGUAACUCCAAUGUAUAUUUGGUCUUGUGUUUUAGGUUAUUGUUCUGCUGUAAUGGGAAUUUGUCUCCCAGUAUCUGGAAAUCAGACUGAACCAGGUUUUUCUCUAGGACACUGCCUGUGCAUAGCUCUAUCCCAUUUAUUUUUAUUUAAAAAAAAAAACUCCUUGCCGAUGACAAGCAUACCCAUAACAUGAUGAAGCCACCACCAUGCUUGAAAAUACAGUAUGAAGAGUGGUUCUCAGCGAUGUUUUGUGUUGGAUUUGCCAAAAAAACAUAAUACUUUGUAUCCAGGACAUAAAGUUAAUUUCUUUUCACUUUAGGAUGCACGUUUUGGAAUAUUUUUUUCUGUAGAAAGUUUCCUCCUUUUCCCUCUGUCAUUUAGGUUAGAAUUGUGGAGUAACUGCAAUGUUGUUAAUCCAUCCUCAGUUUUCUCCUAUCACACCACUAAACUCUGUAACUGUUUCAAAAACACAAUUGGUCUAAUGAUGAAAUCCCUGAGCGGUUUCCUUCCUCGACUACGGCAACUGAGUUAGGAAGGACGCCUGUAUCUUUGUAGUGACUAUGUAUUGAUACACCAUCCAAAAGUGUAAUGAAUAACUUCACCAUGCUCAAAGGGAUAUUCAAUGUGUCUGCUUUUUUUACCAGUCUACCAAUAGGUGCCCUUCUUUGCAAGGCAUUGGAAAACCUCCAUGGUCUUUGUGGUUCAAUCUGUGUUUGAAAUGCACUGCUAGACUGAGGGACCUUAUAGUAACUGUAUGUGUGGAGUACAGAGAUGAGGUAGUCAUUUUAUUUUAUUAGGAUCUCUUUUAGUCCCAAUUUGGACUAAUAUUCCAAGAGUCCUUAACAUUAAAUGUAUAAUUUAUAAUACAAACACACUUUCACAUAUAACACACUAUUACAAACAUAGAUAAUACACUAGCAUAAUGACCCAAUAAAUAAUCUAAAAAAAUAUUGAUUCUUCAUCUACUAUAGUCCCACAACAUUUCUAUAUAAUAUAUUUAAAUUGUUUUUAAAUAAUGUUUAAACUUAUAUACUGAAAGGUUUCUAGUUUGCUCAGUUAAUUUAUUCAAUUUCUUUAUUGCUCUAAAUCGAAAUGUUCUUUUGCCCAUUUCUUUUUUCUGUCUGGAUAACGCAUAGAUGGUGGACAAUCUAUUCCUAGUAUUUACGGAAUGUCUGUCUCUUACCAACUGAAUACCAUUGUGAAUAGAACUUGGCCGUUUUAAAUGAUGUAUAUUAUAAAAUAAGAUAAGCAUGUUUUCUUUCAUUUAUCUUGUCGAUUGAUGACCAACCAAGAACACUGUGCAUGACUGCAACAGAAGAACCAUAUCUCCACCUUAAAACAACCCAUGACUGCAACAGAAGAACCAUAUCUCCACCUUAAAACAAUCCAAUUUGUAAGUCGCUCUGGAUAAGAGCGUCUGCUAAAUGACUUAAAUGUAAAAAUGUUAAAACAACCCAUGACUGCAACAGAAGAACCACAUCUCCGCCUUAAAACAACCCAUGACUGCAACAGAAGAACCAUAUCUCCACCUUAAAACAAUCCUUGCUGCUUUAUUCUGUGCAUUCUGCAGCCUCCUAACUUCACUAGAUGAUGCAUUUCCCCAGACCACCGAACAAUAGUUCACUUGACUCUCAACCAAUCAAUGCCUGUGUUAUUUGCUGAAGGAUUUUCCCUGUAAAUAUUUAGCUAUCCUUCUGAUUAUGCAUGCUGUUUUAAUAUUUUUUUUACAUGGAUUAGUUAUUUGAGACGACCAUGAUAAGCAGUUGUCUAGCUGCACUCCCAGUAGUUUGGUUUCUGCCACUUCUUCCAUUUGUACUCCUCCCAUACUUAAUUGUAUCCCAUGCUGUUUUGGCCUUUUCCUAGUUGAACAGACCAACAUAACUUUGGUUUUCUUGGUGUUUAAAGCAAGUUUGUUUUGGCAAACCCAUUUCCUGAUUAUCUCCAAAUCUCCUUGCAAAGCUUGCUGUACCUGUUGAACCGAUUGUCUUGCUGCAUAAAUUGUAGUAUCAUCUGCAAAUAUAGUAGUUUGAGUUUCAACCAAAGCAUAGGGAAGGUCGUUGGUGUAUAUUAAGUAGAGAAGUGGCCCAAGGCAGCUGCCCUGCGGUAUUACACAGUGUAACACAUUAGGGGAAGAAAAUGAACCAUUGAUAUAGGUGGACUGUUUCCUGUCAGUUAGAUAUGACUGUACCCAAUUCAAUGCUACCUCCUUAAAACCAUAAUGCAUUAAUUUUGUCAAAAUAAUUUAAUGAUCCACUAAAUCAAAUGCUGCACUGAUAUCUAAAAAUAUCAUCAAUCAAACCCUAACCCUAUUUUUUUAAUCAUAUAUCCACUUUGACAUUAUGUGUAUUAUGCUAUUAUGUGUAUUCUAGUGACACAACAUCUAAAUGUAAUACAUAUUACAUUCAGACUGUAACACAACUAAAUGUAGAAAAUGUCAAGGGGUGUGAAUACUUUCUGAAUGAACUGUACUGUAAGUGUUGAAGCCAACUAAAGGGAGCCCUGGUAUAAGCUAAAUGGCAUAUGUAUAAAAUGGAGAACCUUGUCAGUUACAGCUAAUAUAAACACAGCUUUGGCUAAUGGUACUUCUUGCAGCGGCUCCAAAAUGAAUUCCUUUAUAUUAUGCGGUUAUGCUGUUUUGGUACAGGGAGCAGUUAUACUGUAAAAGGAACCAUGAAACCAAGUGAUCCACUGGGAACAGAAGCUGCCUUAUGAUCCACGUAUUAACCCUAUCCCUCAUGAACCCUGUAUUAUUUGUUGUUUUAGAUUAGUAUUAGUGUAGCAUGGCAUUUUUGGCCACCAGUAGUUACAAUGCAAGUAUUUUUACUACAUUAGUAGUUACAAUGCAAGUAUUUUCACUACAUUAGUAGAUAGAAUGCCAGUGGUUUACUACGUUAGUAGUCAAGUAUCACGUUUAGACCUUAGUUCCUUUUUUAUGUCUCUGUGUUAGGUUGGUCAGGGCGUGAGUUGGGGCGGGUAGUCUAUGUUCUUUUUUCUAUGUUAUAUUUCUAUGUGUUUGGCCUAGUACGGUUCUCAAUCAGAGGCAGGUGUCGUUUGUUGUAGCCCGUUUUCCCCAUUUUGGUGGUGGGUGUUUAAUUUCUGUUUAGUGUUUGUUCACCUGGCAGAACUGUUUCGUUUUCUCUUUGUUGUUAUUUUGUGUAGUGUUAAGUUUUUCAAUUAAAAUAUGAUGAAUACUUA